GCUCAUUUCUUGCUCUUCAAAUUUACUCAUCUUUCUCUCUCAAGAAAACCCAGAUAAUUUUAUCGGUCAAAGAGAGUGUGCGGAAGAAAAGCAUGGCGGAUUGGGGACCGGUGGUGAUAGCGGUGGUGCUGUUUGUGGUGUUAACUCCGGGAUUGUUGUUUCAGUUGCCUGGGGGGAACAAAGUGGUAGAGUUCGGGAACAUGCAAACCAGUGGGGUUUCCAUUCUCGUCCAUACUGUCAUCUUCUUUGGACUCAUCACUAUCUUCCUCAUCGCCAUUGGUGUUCACAUCUACACUGGAUAACCACACCCUUUACUCUUGUGUUUAUAAGAUUUGGUCGCUUUUAAUAUUUUUUUUCUCUCCUUUAAAUACACCUUUGUGAUUUGUUAAUGUAAUUUCACUGGGGGAAGUUAUGGAUGGUUCUGGUUAUGUUUGUAAUGAAGUUGAGAGAAAUGAUCGGUGAAAUAACCAAAUUUUUGCUUUUUA